AUGCAUCAGAAGCUGCUCAAGAGCGCGCACUACAUCGAGCUGGGCAGCUACCAGGACUGGCCGGUGCUGGUGCCCCGCGGCAUCCGCCUCUACACCUACGAGCAGAUUCCCGUGUCCCUCAAAGACAACCCGUACAUCACGGACGGCUACCGGGCCUACCUGCCUUCCAGGCUCUGCAUCAAAAGCUUGUUUAUUUUAUCUAACGAGACAGUAAACAUCUGGAGUCAUUUGCUGGGUUUCUUUCUCUUCUUCACCCUGGGAAUCUAUGACAUGACCUCCGUGUUACCCUCAGCAAGUGCAUCCAGAGAAGAUUUUGUAAUUUGUUCUAUUUGUCUUUUCUGCUUCCAGGUCUGUACGCUCUGUUCAGUGGGUUAUCACCUUUUUUCCUGCCACCGGUCAGAAAAAACGUGUCGAAGAUGGAUGGCAUUAGAUUAUGCAGGAAUUUCUAUUGGAAUUUUGGGCUGCUAUGUCUCAGGAGUAUUUUAUGCAUUUUAUUGUAAUAAUUAUUGGCACCAGGUGUACUUGAUCACCGUGCUGGCUAUGAUCUUGGCGGUGUUCUUUGCGCAGAUUCAUCCCAGUUACCUCACACAGCAGUGGCAGAGGCUCCCUUCAGUCAUCUUCUGUUCUGUUUCGGGAUAUGGUGUCAUCCCUACUCUACACUGGGUCUGGCUCAAUGGGGGAAUCAGUGCUCCUAUUGUACAGGAUUUUGCACCACGUGUAGUUGUGAUGUAUGUGAUCGCUCUUCUUGCUUUCCUGUUCUACAUUUCCAAAGUUCCAGAACGGUACUUCCCAGGACAGCUAAACUACCUCGGAUCAAGCCACCAGAUAUGGCACAUCCUUGCAGUGGUGAUGUUGUAUUGGUGGCAUCAGUCAACUGUGUAUGUUAUGCAGUACAGGCACAGCAAGCCUUGUCCUGACUAUGUUUCACAUUUGUGAGUUCAGGUAUGGCCACCUGGUGAAGUCAGUUGUUAAGCAAUAUACAAUGGGGAAUUGUAGACCCUACUAUUUUCAAGGUUCCCAUUAUUUUCUCCUUUUUCCUCUUGUUUAAUGUAUAAUAAUGCUUUAUAAGAGUGGAAAAAUAUACUUGGGGAUCUGCAGUCAUAACUGCUGUACAACCCUUAAAACUGAGCUGUCUAUACAGAGAGCUGAAAUUAGAUGGUGAUCAUAAAAGCAUGUAGAUGGCAACAAGGACUGUGGCCAGUGUAGAAGAAGGAUUGAUUUUGCUUAACACCAGCUUCAUUUUCUUAGGAAGGGCUGGAGUCAUCCUGUAUGAUUACUUCAAUAGAAGAUAUUUUCAUUGUCAUAAAUUUAAGUGUCUAAUAAAGGCAAGGGUAGUUUACAAGAUAAUGAGAAACUGGCACUUAAAUUAUUUCCUUUAGCUACAGGUUCCCUUUUCCUUAGCAACAUUGCUUUUUUUUUUUUUUUUUUUUUUGCCAGGACAAAACUUAAGUCUUUUAAGAGUAUUGAGAAGAGGAAAGAAACAUACAUUGAUGUUUUAUAAUAGAUAAUUGAGUGAGAAACUAAGGAUGUGACUAAGCAACAAAUUCUGUGCUCUAAUAACCAAGCACCAGCCACCUAAGCCUUCCAGAUAUUUAAUUCCAUAUUAUAACUGAAUUCCUGAGAAUGGAUUUUGAUCCCAAAAUUCCAGAAUUACUUUCAUGUCUAAUUUGUAGUCCUACAUUUCUUGAUGAUGGGGUCCCAACUGUAUGGGUGCUACUCUCAAGGCCACAGGAUCAGAUGGACCUGUUCUUGAACCGGAACUGAACCUUACGCCUUAGAUCUCAUGCAUUAUCCCACUGAUGGUGAUAUGAUUCACCUGUGCUCCAGUCCUGUUUAUACGUGUAUUAGCAUUUCCAUACAUAUAGUAUGUAUCAACACUAUAAAAUUCAGAUCUGAAACAUUAAGCUUGUGUUUAUAGUAAUAGAUCUCACUGCCCUAUCACAAUGUAACUUUCUUCUUUGGUCUCUUCAUGUGCAUAAAUAAAACCUUU